GAUAUUGACCGCUGGCAGCAAGCAAACAGUGCUUUAAACUUGUGUAGGUACUCUGCAAUUUAUAUUCGCCAAUCGUUUUGCUUUAGGAGUUGUAUGGAAGGUAUUUAAUCAUAUGUAGAUUAAAUCAUAGGUAGCGAAUGGCGAUUUUUCAACGAGUCACUCUGGGUUUCCCAUCGGUUGUCGGUAAAAGCGGCACUAGUCAAAGGAAUAUUUGAAAAUGUUACAUAGAAAUAUAGAAUAAUAAUAUGUGAACGACAUGGGUAUUAUAAUUCAUAGAUAAUAAUAGUAAAUUCAAAAUAUACAGAAAGGGCCGGGAGCUAAUCUUGCAUAUUAUUAUGAACUACCUAUGGUCUAUAUAGAUAUAUCAUAAAUAUUUAUCAAAUUUAUGAGAAGUAGGUAUUUUUCUCAGCGAAAAAAAUAUUUAUAUAAUGACGGCUAAAACCACGUUUAGUAAAUAGAUAAAGAUAAUAUUUCGUUAUAAUAUUAAUAUUAUGAACGCGAGUACAUGAAAAUAACUUCAUACAAUCUCCACGCUUCCCCGCGCACAGUUAAUCAGCCUACCACACCAUCCACAAACUGUCUCGUCUUUUACUCGAUUCUCUUAUCGCGACCGAACGGCCAUCGAAAACAACAAUAUUUAUAAAUAUAAAUUUAUUAAAUUGAUGAAAUGCUAUUAUAUUGUGUAUUAUACGUCUAUGAUGAAAAUAUACAAGGUGUGAUAAAACUGCAUCCCGAGUUUCAACAUGGAAUUAUUGUACAUUACCUAGAGAGAGUGUUUUAUCUCACACUAUAUUGAACAUUUUAUUUUUACCAUAGGUACUCCAAUUUUAUAUAUAAUACUCGUUUUCAGGAUUUACCCGUAUGGCCUAUAUAAAGCUAUGAGCCCACGUAGAGACCGCUCAUAAUAUUAUAUUUUUCGUACGUUCAUAGUUAUCGGUUUUCAGUCUUUUCACAUAAUAAUAUUAUUAAUAAAUAAUAAUCGCUAACAGCGCUGGCGUCGGCUGCACGGACGCACGGUGUCCAAUAGUCAUAAACAAUUUUUUCCGUUAACGGACAUUUAAUGAUCUACGGACGACUUGUAUUUGCAAUACUACAAUCGUCAUUACUCAUUAUAGUUUAUUGAAUAUUAAAUAUACCUAUUGUUACUAUAGUUAUAAAGUUUAUGGUUGGCAGUUUAUCACUUUGGAGCCGAAUAUCUAACAUAAUCUUGAAAAUAUUAAAACAAAAUGUGGAGUAUUGUUCAUUUUGUAAAAGACGACACCAUAGAAGUAGUUCCUGAUUUGUGGAUAAAAAAAAAAGACAAAGAGUUGUGCUUGGCCAGUUAAUAAAAAAACGGUAAGAAGAUUAAUCGAAAAAAGAAGUUAUUCUAAUGAUGUAGAAUAUAAAUGGUUUCCAUCGAGAGUUGUUGGACAGUUUAAAAGUUAUACUGAAGCAACUAAAAAGGCUGAUGAACUAAUGUCAAAAACUGAGAUAUCAUCUUGUGAUGAUGCAGUUUCUUCCAAGUCAAUUUCUAAAAUGAGAAGUCCUCCAAAAUUUUUAACAAAAGAAAACGCUUUGUCUACUUGUAUAUCAACUAAAACAAAAUGUAAUAGUUCUGCGAAGAAUUCUCCAACCGAAAGAGUGAUUGCAGAUAGAAAUCAGGACUUUCUUCAGCCAUUUGUAAUAUCUCAAUCAAAAGAUAAAAACAAAACACCUAAGUGUUCUUCUGUGAAAAGGGCCUUAUUUGAAACUCAUGAGACAUUUAAUCAUGUAAGUGAUGAUUCUUCAAACAAAGGACAUUAUUGUAUAGGGAAUUUACCAAUUGGGAAAAUAGGUGCAAAAGAUAUUGAUCAAGAUAUUGGUCAGCCACUGUCCCAAUCAUAUUAUAAUAAAAACAAUUACUCUAAGUUUUCUUUGGAAAAAGCUUCAUUUGAAACUAAUGAAUUUAACCAAGAAAACGCUGAGUUUUCAAAUUCAAGACAUUCCAUUUUGAACUCUCCUAUUGGAAAAAUAGUUGUUGAAGAUAAUGACCAGAACUUUUCUUCUUCACAUUCAAAAUCACUAUCAAAUAAUAAUAAUAACAGUAAUACACCUAUGUUUUCUUCUGCAAAAACUAUUAAUACUGCAGACAAAUUGAUGCCCAAUUGUGGUAUUUUUAUUUUUAUCCUUUUUACAUAUAACGGUUGUUUUAUCAUAAUUAUUUUUUUAGAUUUUCCAACAUUUGUGUUAAAUGCACUAACAAAAAUGAAAUACGACAUUUCUGGCAUUAAUUCAAAGACAAACGCUACACAUAUUCUUUUAAAUUCUUUUGUAACACAUUUUGGGAAUUCCAGUAUUCAAGAACAGCUGAACAAUAAUCAAAUAGGCCAAACUUCAGACUAUUGCAAUUUAUUUCCCAUUCAAACUGAAGAAGAUCUUCAGGCUGCAGAGAGUAGAAUUCUUGAUAAGAAUGUAAGAUUUAAUUUGGUACUUCAAUUGUCAUUGUUAGUUGGUAUUAAAGGUGUUGGAUAAAGCGUUCGUUGAUUAAUGAUUAAAAUGUUCUCAGAUGAAAUCCUUACUAGGAUUCAAAAAAAAAAAAAGGAUUUUUCCAAACUCGGAUGCUAUAAUUUAUUGAUAGAUGCAUUACGUUUAAUUACGUGUACAUCCAAAAUGUUAAAGAUGUUAUCAAUAAGGACUUCGAUAAACCUCUUGCUACAUGGAUAGCGCAUGCAUCAUUUCGAUUAAAAUCAAAUAAAGCUUAAGCUUUUUUAUAAUAACUGUAUUUAAAAAAUAUUUUAUUACAUUACAGCUUAAUUCCAAGCUAGAAAUGUCUUUUGUUAUAAUAUACAGAGUGUCCCACAAAGUUUUGACAAAUUAAAUAACUUGUAUUCUAUUCAA